UCUGCGCCUCAGCUGAAACGCAACCAGCCCGAGGGAAAUUUCCCUCCAACCUCGCUGCGCGUUCACGAGGAGACAAGGGGAAGCUCGGGCGCGGAAACGAGCGCGCCCCCGCUCUCUGACGUCAACGCGUCAUGCCGCUCCCCAGCACGGGCUCCUCAUACUAGGAAGGACGCCGGCUAAGGCGCAUGCGCACACGGUUCCAGCCGUGCUUGUAUUUCUGGCUCUGAACCUAGUUAUGGACGCCCUCACUCCUGAGGGGGAUGCCCCCUCACUCUCUGCAGCAAUGAAAGCAAAGAUUGAACGGAAUCGUCAGCGGGCAUUGAUGCUGCGGCAGGCGCGGCUGGCUACUCGGCCCUAUCCAGCCACUGGCGAAGGCAGUUCUAAAGUUAAGGCACUUCCUAAAAUAACAGAUACAGGGGGAGGAUUCUUCCUGGAGGAGGAGGAGGAAGAGGAAGACGCAGCAGAGAAAAUUGUUCACCCUCCAGGGCCUGUAUUAGAAUUCGACUAUCUUAUCUGUGAAGAAUGUGGUAAAGAAUUCAUGGACUCCUACCUCAUGAAUCACUUUGAUCUAGCAACAUGUGAUAAUUGCAGAGAUGUGGAAGAUAAGCAUAAGCUCAUAACAAGAACUGAAGCGAAGCAAGAGUACCUUCUAAAAGACUGCGAUUUCGACAAGAGAGAACCAGUGCUCAAGUUUAUUUUGAAGAAAAACCCUCACAAUCCACAGUGGGGUGACAUGAAACUAUAUUUAAAACGGCAGGUAAUAAAGCGCUCUCUUGAAGUUUGGGGUAGUGAAGAGGCGUUAGAAGAAGCCAAGGAAAGUCGCCAAGACAACAGAGAGAAAAUGAAGCAGAAAAAGUUUGAUAAAAAAGUUAAAGAGCUGCGUCGGGCUGUAAGGAGCAGCCUUUGGAAAAAAGACACCAGUGUCCACCAACAUGAGUAUGGAGCAGAAGAAGUGGUGGAGGACGAUUUAUACAAGAAGACCUGUACCACCUGUGGUUAUGAAUUGACAUAUGAGAAAAUGUAAAUGGACUUGCUUUUAUAGGACACGCACCUUUUGUAAUGUUGAUUAUUUAUCCAGUAAAAUGCAUCACUUAAUCUUUGUGCUUUUUUGUUUUUAUACAGUUUGCCCCACGCAGCAGUUGAAUGUGUGGUUUAUUCUCUUGCCUCUAUUCAGGGGAUUCGCCACCCCCUUGGAUUGGGCUGAUAAUUAAGUUAUCAGGUUUCUUUAAUUACACUCAACAAUAGAACAUUGCUUAAUAUCGACAUUUUGUGGAAAAACAUCUUAGGCAUUUACAGGGCAGAUCAUUUGUGGCCUUUAUGGACUUGAAAUCAGCCUUUGACUCUAUACAUAGAAGUAGACUAUGGGUGCCAUAUUAAAUGACAAAAGAUUAUUUGGGCUUAUAAAGGAUCUUUAUACUGAUAACCUGAUGAGAGUAAGGUAUGUUACCCAUGGGCCUCUUUCCAAGGAAAUUCCAAUGCUCAGAGGUGUGAAGCAAGGCUGUAUUUUAGCUCCAACUCUUUUUAAUAUUUAUAUAAAUGACCUUGAACAAUUUUUACAAGUAACAAAUGGCCAUCUGCCAAAAAUUGGCAAAAGAAAAUUACCAAUUCUUUUAUAUGCUGAUGAUACGACAUUGGUAUCUCGUUCUAGACCAGGGCUGAGGCAUCAAUUAACGUUACAUGCAGAUUACUGCCAGAUAAAUAGCCUUGAAAUAAAUUAUAGGAAAUCCAAAAUUCUGGUCUUUGAGAAGAAAUUCAUGUCUAGGAGAUGGUCUAUUAAUGGCCAAAUCCUGGAACAGGUCAGAACUAGAUGACUGAUUCUUCAGACAAACCGAAGUCCUUGCAGUGCUAAGGAAGGAACCGCGGGGCUAAGCUGACCCUAUAGGUCAAACUUUUUCAUACUUGGGAGUGAACUUUUAUCAUGCUCUAUCUUGGUCUUUUCAUAGGAACGCUACAAAGCAAAAAGCAAUAAUUGGUAUCAAUGCUAUUCUCCAUUUUUAUCGUACUAAAGGAGGUCAUCAUUUACCAUCCACUGUCAAGGUUUUUAGUGCAAAGAUCAUGGCUCAAAUUGUAUAUGCCGCACCUAUCUGGAUUCAGGGGACUAAUGCUGAAAUUGAUAACGAGCGCAAGCAAAAUUCUUGAGAUCCCUUUUACGGGUUCCCAGUUGUGUUCCAAGUUCUGCUCUUCUUGAAAUUGGAGAGCUUCCACCACUCGUACUCAGGAUAUGGAUUGCCACCAUAAAAUUAUGGUUAAAGGUUUUUCUUUUUGCUGAAAGGACAGGUUUGUUAACACACCUAGUCACUGAAGAUUAUUCUAAACUAGCGGACCUGGCCACGCUUCACUGUGGCUUACUGUGUGGAGUCACACAUGGAAGGGAGGAGGAAGGGGAGAGGCGUACCAGCUUAUUUCCACGGCGUGGCUUGGAACGCUCCUCCUUCCUGUCCCUGUGUGUUGCAGGCGCUUCCAGCAGCAGGCGGGUUCGCGUGGCAUGAGCGCACACGCCGUGGCAAUCGUGGGCAAGCCGCGGGUUUGGGGAAAUGUGCGUUUUACUGGGCUCCAGUGUGACCUGUGAGCCCGGUGAAGGUCGCAAAACCUGCCCGCAAUGGGAAGCCACAUCGUGUCAAAAUUUGGGAGCAAUCGGUCCAGCCGUUUCUGUGUUAGAGCAUGAAGAACACACGGUUACAUUUUUAUAUAUAUAGAUGGGCCACGGUUAUUGGACACAAAGCAACUUCAUGUGGCCUUUCUCCAUCUUUUCUUACUUUAUUGGGGCCUGAUAAGGCUUUGAAAACAGUGAUCCAGAGAUUGAAGGAUGUUACUUUGGCAGAACUUCGAAUUCAGUCAUUAUCUGUCUGCUCUCCUUGUUUUUUUGGGACUGAAUUAUAAUAACCCAUUUAGUCCAGGAAAUUCAGUCAAAUUUAUCACAUUUUUUGGUACAGAGUAAUUUUUGCAAAGGCAGAUUUAACGUGCUCCUGAGGUUGUAUUUGGUCGUUUUCUGGGUAUUUCUUUUUCUAAUAGAUUUUGCCCAUGUAACGAUAAUUAAGUGGUAUCACUGACGCAUGUCUUGCUCUUUUGUAAGUUAUAUCAGAGGAUAUGUCAAGAUGGUUUACUACUGCUGAUACCAG